CGGUCCCAGCGCACACGCGCCCCGGCCCGCGCCCCGCCGCGGCAGCGCCAGCGGCUCUUCCUCCUCCGAUACAAAGCUGCUCGGGAAAUGGCAUUUCUCCCCGGAGCCACAGUCAAAAGCAAUUCGCCGCCUUUAUUUUUAUUUUCAUUUUCCAUUAAUUUUGUGAAAAAGAAUUAAUUUCCUAAAUACAUCCUUUUUUUAACGUAUUUUUUUUUUCGGUGUGUGCAUGCGUGUGUGUGGAUGCACCGGGCUCCUGCGAUCGGUGUCUGAAUGAAACUACGUAAAUGCCUAUGUCUGUACGUUGCACUGGAGGGAAAAACGGAGCACUUCGGCGAGAGCUUGGAUUCAAAUGUGGUUCAUCUGGUCUCCAGGAUUUUCCAUCUCUUUGGGGUCGUUCGCCUUCCCGGGCUGCCAGGCGGGAUUUUCUGAGCUUUGACACAUCUUUGGAGAUGUCUGUUAAACAGGAGUCUGGGAAAAAACAUUUGAAAUCGUAGAGAUUUUUUUUAAUCUAAUUUUUUUCUUCUUCUUUUUUUUUUUUGGUCCCUUUCCCAUCCCCUUUGGUGACUUGAAGCAUCAAAGCAGCCAGCAUCCAACGUUCCUGAAGACUUGUCAUGUUUGGGUUUUGUUGUUGCUAAUUUUUUUCUUUUUAGAGGAAACUUGACAGAGGAACAUAUUUAUAGUCCAAGUAAGUACUUUACAGAGGAAAUCUAGUUUGUGUAACUUAACGAAAAAAAGCAAUGUUGAGGUUUCUAGCUUAAAGUGCGUUGGAUUAACGUUCAUCCAAGGCUGUUAAGCAAAUCGUAUCGAAUUGCAGUUCUUACGGUGUGUGUUCCUGCGUGUCCGUGGUAGUUCAGCACCUAGGGGAAAAUGCACCUGAUUUUCAGUCGGUAGAAUACUUUUUAAGAUGUGUUUCGACACCGAGGAGGAAAUGAUCCUAAAGUAAAUUUAUAAUAAGUAAUAAAUGUGCACCUGGAAGUAAAGUAUUUACAGCAUUUUAAUCCCUAUUUAAUACCGUGCAUCUCAAACCGAGGAGGAGACACUGAGAAGACAGAAAGUACCUCCGAGAACUCCCCCACGUCACCAUGAAUGAAACCGUGUCCGAUACAGUAACUGGAUUAUAAUUUUUUGGUGUUAUUAAUUUUAUUAUCGUUGGCUGCUUUACUUUUUUGGGUUCAUCCUGCUCCUCUUCUUCCUCUCUCCCUCCCUCUUGCUGCUUCCUCUUGGGAAUUAUGGCUCACCCGGGGAGAAGAGGCUACGAUAACCGGGAGAUAGUGCUGAAGUACAUCCACUAUAAACUCUCGCAGAGGGGAUAUGAGUGGGCUGCCGGUGAGGACAGGGGACCCCUGCCUCUGGGUCUCUCUCCUCCUGCUGCUGCUGCUGCGGUUGCUGCUGCUGCUGGGACUUCCUCUGAUCACACUGGGCUGGUGUCUCCGCACCCCGAGCCCCCUGGCUCGGCUGCUGCUAGCCACGUGCCCCCAGCCGAGGGGCUGCACCCCGCGCCCCAGGUCGUCCACCUCACCCUACGCCAGGCGGGAGACGAGUUCUCCCGCCGCUACCAGAGGGACUUUGCCCAAAUGUCCGGCCAGCUGCACCUGACGCCCUUCACGGCCAGGGGCCGCUUCGUGGCGGUGGUGGAGGAGCUCUUCCGAGACGGGGUGAACUGGGGCAGGAUCGUGGCCUUCUUUGAGUUCGGCGGCGUGAUGUGCGUGGAGAGCGUCAACCGGGAGAUGUCUCCCCUCGUGGACAGCAUCGCCGCCUGGAUGACCGAGUACCUGAACCGGCACCUGCACAACUGGAUCCAGGACAAUGGAGGCUGGGAUGCCUUCGUGGAGUUAUAUGGCAACAGUAUGAGGCCUUUGUUUGAUUUCUCCUGGAUCUCUCUGAAGACUAUCCUGAGCCUGGUUCUGGUGGGAGCUUGCAUCACUCUUGGCGCUUAUCUUGGACAUAAGUAGAGUCACCCAAGUUUGUCGUGGAUUACAAAAGUCUUUCAAAACAACAAAAUAAUAUUUUUUUUUUCUGUAGCACAAUGAUAUUUUAUGAGCAAAACAGCUUCCCAGCUAAAGAUUAAAUCAGCUAUUACUGCCAAAGGAAAUAUCAUUUAUUUUUACAUUGCAGGAAAAUUAUUUAUUAAAAGAUAUUUACAUUUUAACCUGCUAUUUUCAGAAACUCUGCAAGUUGUAUCUGUCACCACAUCACGUCGUUAUUCUUAACAUUAAUGAGCUCCGAAGUCUUUUAGGGUUUCUUUUUUGUUGUUGUUUUUAAUUAAUGCAGCUGGCUGGAUUAUUUUAUCUCUGAAGAGCAAAUAUACUGACAAAGACCUACCUGCUUACACCUACGAGAGCGGUUGCUUGAGCUGCUAAAGGCUGCGUAGUUGUGUUGGUUUUCCUCGCGUUUUUCCCUAUGGCUGGUAGGGGAUCCGAAAGACGAGGUCAGCGUGAACAAAGUCCCUGCGCUGCCCUGCUGGCAAGCAAACAGUUCAUACAUGGUACAUACAUGGAGCCAAGAAGGCAGGUUCUUAAAGGACACCUGGCUGUCCCCACAGGAGACAGUUGGAAAUACGAUUGCCUAUGCCUUGCAAACACGUGUUUUCAAGUUACCAGUUGUGCCAUCACGUCAUAACCACAAUACCCUAAUACAUGUCAACUCAAAUACUUUUUUUUUAAAUAGAAGUGUGAAGUGAAAUCUCUGGGGCUUGCAGGAAAUUGCCGUUCCGAUGGUUUUCUCAGCGGUAAAACAUUUUUUUUUCCCUGGCUACUGACACAGAAACAUCAGGAGACCUUAAGUGCCUGCUUCGACAGAGCAGAGCUGGAGUCUGAAGACCUGACCUGUGUCCCACUUUAGGGGGCUCAUAUCUGCAACUAAUCCUGUUUACUUACUGAGUUCCUCCAGGGGUUUGAAGCCAAUUAGAUGCAGUCUCUAAAUCCCUGAAAGUUGAAAAAGAUCUUAAUUUUAUUUGGCAAGAGGCAGACCUCAGCUGAGUUACAGAUUAGCUCUGACUAGCCUUGUUUAUCAAACUGGACACCAAAAUCAAGUUCAUUUUCAUAACAGGAAAAGAAAGUGAGCUUUAUCCCCCUGCCCCUCGCCCUCUAAAAUUAUGUCAUGCUAAUAAUUUCCUAAGACUGCCUACAGAAGAAAAGAUGAUGAAGAAACUCCAGAUCCUCUCUCUGGACAGAGACUCUUUGACGCCUUGAUCGCGCAGGUGCCUACUGUCAUUACAAGCGAAAAUAGGGCGGAGGGAAAGGCAGGGGGUGAAGUCACCAGCUCAUGUUACAAAAUGCAACUCAAGUAAAAUUAAUACAGAGUGCUCAGUAUGCAGUUUUAUAAACAGACCUGUGUUUUGAAACCAGAUGUGUCGAUCCCGUUUUAAAGCGAGGCUUUCUGUGCACUCAGAAGGGACCAGAAGUCCCGACGAAGCCCAAGAGCCUGAAGCGUGUCUCACAGGCUGCUCUGAGCCACGGAAAUGUCCAGCUUCAAAUGUUUAAGUCAAGCACUCCUAUUUUUUUUUUUCUGUAGAACUUCUGAAAUCUGGGAUUUGUGGGAUGUCCAGACGUAAAAAAAGAAAGGUUGCAAAGCUCUGGAUCAAAUGUACCGUACAAGACGUAAGUGCUCUAAGGGUGGAAGAAAAAAAACCACAGUGAAUAAACUGUAGAUUCAACCUCAAGAUUUUAGUCGAAUAACUUUGUGGCAUUAUAUGCAAAAUAUCUCCAUUAACAUGGGAAUGUAAUAUGUUCAAUGUUAAGGCUGUAGUUGAUGUUGUGUCUUCAAAGCUGCUUUUUGUUUGUUUGUUUGUUUUAAGAGUUGUACAUCUCAGCAUUUUUACUGCUAUUUAGUCGUGGCACCUACACUUUGUAUGAGCAAAGAUGGAGCAAGCUUACAUUUCAAAUUUGAAAUUGCUUUUUAGUUUUAUAGAAACAUAGAAAGGAAAUGUUUCUGAGUCAACAAAAAUGUGAACUGUGCUUGAUUAAAGAAAAAUGAAAAAAAAAUCUCACCAUCAAAGGAGAAGCACCUGCAAUGGUUUCAGUGUGCUUCUGUCAGAAGUGGGCAGGCUCCUGUAGGGUUUGUGCGAAAAAUAUUUGAAAUGGGAGCAACCGAAUAUUGUGGGUUGAGUGUGGGCUUUGGGUUUUUUUUUUUAUUUCAGCUUCCAAGAUGAAUUUAUCUGCAGCCAGUUUCACAAUUGGAAUUGGCUGGUAUCGAGCUAAUGUUCCAUUUCACAAUCUAGUCUUUGUUUCAAUUUGUGCCCAUACGCCCAUUAAAGUUCAUGAACUAUUAGACCUCAAAUUGUUUCAAUAUUGUUUAUUUUAUUAAAGGUUUACAUUGUCAAAAGUAGUAAAAGAGUAACUAUCAAUUCCAGUGCUGCUAUACUACCAGGAUAAUUUGAAUGGGUUUUAUUUUUUAAUACUUUCCAAUGGCUAAAGUUUUUUAAAGCUGCUUUAGAAAUAAUAUGAAGAAGACACGUGAUACACAUUGAAAUAGAUACUGAGGAUUUUGUGUUCUGUCGUGUCUACUCACUGGACUUCCCAGUGUAUUAGUUAAUACCAGGCAAAAAGAAAGAGUCCUGAUGACUGUUGAUGAUUUUAUUUUAUUAAAGAGCUAAUGGAGUGUUCCCAUCCUGACUGCAGAAUAGUACAGUAUUGUGGCUGCAUUAGGUAUAAUGAUAGUUGGUAAUACAUUUAUUAAGAAGCAUAUUAGAAACAUUGAAUGUAUAUAAAAGCUUGAACUUCUUUAAUAAAAUCCUCUCCUCUCACUCCUGCAUUUCUUUUGCAGUAAUUCCUGCCUUUCCUAUUCUUCAUUACACUUUCACAAAAGAUUUUUUUUGCCCUACAAAAUGUCUUACAGACUUCAGUGCUCCAAGACUAUGCUUCAGUGACAAUGCAUCCUCUGUCACUAUAUGUGCACACACAGCUGACCAGUCCCAGCACAGGCAAGUUAUAAAAGCAAAAAAAUAAAAAAGGAGGGAUACUUUUAAGGUUGGUUAGGUGUGGAAGGGCAGUGGACAACAAAGGAAGAGGUCAAGAAGUAGAAGGAAACAAAGGGAUCACUGAAAUAUCUUCUGGGUUAAAGAUGACUGUUACCUGGAAUUUGUUCAUCUCUCGUCCUUUCCCUUGAAAAAAAAAGGAUGAAAUAAGGGCAGAGUAAAAAAUGUCAGAGGCCCCACAAUUACUCUUCACUGUAAAAACUUUUGUUAAUUCUGAAGGUGGUCCUUUGCAAAACAGGAAAUCCCUAGGAAUUCAAAACAAGUGCUUGAUUCUGCUGUAUUCAGUUUACUUGUUAAUUUGGUUUUGCUCCCUGUAUUAAGAAAAUAGUAAAGGGAAAUAUUUUGCUUCUGGAGAAAAAAAACAAACAAUCCUGUAAGAUCAUCUAAGAUCUGUUCUAGAUCAGUAACUUAGGAACAGAUGGAAAACCAAGAAAAAAACCCUGUAAGAUAAGUACUCUGAAAUCAGACUGGACACGGAGGACAUUUCUUAACAGAACAAGCACUGGAUCCACCAAAGGAGUAAUGGGGCUCUUGAGGUAACAGAGAAUGUACAGGCAAGGAAAGGGGAUGGAAGAUACAGAGAAUGACAUUGGUAUGUAAGAAAAUCUCGUGUUUCACAUGAUGCAGGAUUCACCUGAGAUGGUCUGAAAAGUUUAACUAAAGCCUGUUACAAAUGUGUGCACUACAUGACAACAAUUACUAACAAAUUUUCAAUCACAAAACUAUUUGUAAGUUACUAUAAAACUAUCACCAUGAAAGUUGGACGAUUGGCUGGUGUGAUCGGGGGCAUUUCACAGGCAAGAGUAGGGCUGCACUAAUAAGGGACAAUUCCGAAGAAAAGAAGUUUCUCUAAACCCAGAUGUGCAAAGAAACCGUGAAGGUGAUGCAGUUCCAAGAGUACAGAGCCAGUACCCCCCAUCCUUACCUGCACGCAGUCUCCCCAGCUGAGGAUCUGAGAGUCAGCUCUGCGUUAAGGACCGCAUGCUCUGAGCCUGAGGCACGACAUUGUGCUUGGCUGUGCACCUGCGCUCCACGAGCAUAAGAGUCCUAGUGCUUAAAAGUAUAGUGAAGUAGCAUGUUUGAAGCCUGUCUUUCCCCCCUCUACCCCGAAUGAUUCAUUUGUAUUAUGAGUUUAGGGCUCAAUACUAUACAAAAAAAAUAAGCCUCUUUCGAUUUACAAGCAUAAAAAUUCUUUCUCAAUGCAAAAGCCCAGCUUUGUUUUUCAUUCCUCUCUCCCUUUCAAACAAGGCUAAAUACAAGAAGGACAAAAGAGCUAAUUUAAUAAUCUGUAUUUGGUUUAAAUCACACUCCUAUACUAAGUUAAUGCAGCUUUGUCACGCCAUGAAAUCUCUUUCAAGAAGUUAUACAGCAUUAAGAGUUCCAGGCGAGAACAGUAUAUUUUUAUAAUUUAAAUAGCGUAUUUUUUUUUUCCUUUUUUCUUCUGAAUAUUUGAAUUUUAAUUAUCACCAGCAUAAAUGUACAUAAGCAGAUAUCAUAUAUCCAGUACAUUUGGGUGAUGUAUGUACGGUAAUGUAGUUUGUCAGUUUAUCAUCAGUUAAUACGAUUACGUUGUUCUUUGUCUUUUAAAGUGUUAUAAGAACAUGCUGCCAUUAAACUUUCCAUGUCUGUC